ACAUAACCCCAAAGCCAACCAUCACAAAACAUCAGUGGUUUGAACCCUUCUACAUUAAGGAGCGAGUCCAGCUUAAUUGUAAUAUGCCAGGAGUUGGUUGGGAAUACCACUGGUAUAAAAAUGAAAAACUUCAGAUUACAAAUCCAGAAUUGACCAUCGACUCAGUAUCUGUCACUCACACUGGUGACUAUCGCUGCAAAGCACAGAGAGGAGACUUCUCAGUGAACAGUGAGACUCUACAAGUGCGAGUUCAAGAUCCACCUAAACCACAAAUCCAGUCUGAAUGGACCGAAGCGUUUCAUGGUGAAAAAGUCUCUUUGCAGUGUGUCAUACAAGAUUCAAAAAGCUGGAAUUAUAUGUGGUUCAGGGAUCAGAACAAGAUUGUCUCGAGUGAUGGAACAAACACUCUCACACUCUCGGUUCAGUCCAGUCAUCACGGAGUGUAUGAGUGUCAAGCUGAGCUGCAGAACAGAAAGGUGAUGACUACAAAAAGCCCACCGCAUUCGUUAACAGUCCAUGGACCACAGCCAACAAUCAUUCUGAAGCAAGAUCCAUCAUACACCGAUAUCUACACUGGAGAACAAGUCAAACUCACUUGUAGCAUUCAAGAGAAGACUUCAAAAUGGCAAUAUAUUUGGCAAAAUGCUUCACAGCAAGUAAACACUGACCUCGACAAUCCAGUUUACACAAUUCAAUCUGCUACACUCUCUCGAAACGGAGAAUACACUUGCCAAGUAAGAAGGGGAGAGAAGACAUCAUCAAAGUCAACAAAACUGACAAUAAUAGAGCCACCUAAACCAGAACUGUCAAUCAUCCCUCAAUGGAAAACAUUUUACCCGACUGAAAAACUGACUCUGAAAUGUUCAGUAACAGAAGAUUCAGAUAAAUGGAGCUAUGAAUGGUUUAGAAACGGAGAUCCACUUCACUCUUCUGGAAACACACUCUCCAUCAGCUCAGUUAAAGCGGAUCAUGCUGGACAGUACACAUGCAGAGGAAAACAUCAGACGAGAACGCCAGUGACUACAGGAGAAGCUGAAGCUCUGCAACUUCAUGUUCAUGAUACCACUCCAAAGCCAACUAUCACAAAACAUCAGUGGUUUGAACCCUUCUACAUUAAGGAGCGAGUCCAGUUUAAUUGUAAUAUGCCAGGAGUUGGUUGGGAAUACCACUGGUAUAAAAAUGAAAAACUUCAGAUUACAAAUCCAGAAUUGACCAUCGACUCAGUAUCUGUCACUGACACUGGUGACUAUCGCUGCAAAGCACAGAGAGGAGACUUCUCAGUGAACAGUGAGACUCUACAAGUGCGAGUUCAAGAUCCACCUAAACCACAAAUCCAGUCUGAAUGGACCGAAGCGUUUCAUGGUGAAAAAGUCUCUUUGCAGUGUGUCAUACAAGAUUCAAAAAGCUGGAAUUAUAUGUGGUUCAGGGAUCAGAACAAGAUUGUCUCGAGUGAUGGAACAAACACUCUCACACUCUCGGUUCAGUCCAGUCAUCACGGAGUGUAUGAGUGUCAAGCUGAGCUGCAGGACAGAAAGGUGAUGACUACAAAAAGCCCACCGCAUUCGUUAACAGUCCAUGGACCACAGCCAACAAUCAUUCUGAAGCAAGAUCCAUCAUACACCGAUAUCUACACUGGAGAACAAGUCAAACUCACUUGUAGCAUUCAAGAGAAGACUUCAAAAUGGCAAUAUAUUUGGCAAAAUGCUUCACAGCAAGUAAACACUGACCUCGACAAUCCAGUUUACACAAUUCAAUCUGCUACACUCUCUCGAAACGGAGAAUACACUUGCCAAGUAAGAAGGGGAGAGAAGACAUCAUCAAAGUCAACAAAACUGACAAUAAUAGAGCCACCUAAACCAGAACUGUCAAUCGUGUCUCAAUGGAAAACAUUUUAUCCGACUGAAAAACUGACUCUGAAAUGUUCAGUAACAGAAGAUUCAGAUAAAUGGAGCUAUGAAUGGUUUAGAAACGGAGAUCCACUUCACUCUUCUGGAAACACACUCUCCAUCAGCUCAGUUAAAGCGGAUCAUGCUGGACAGUACACAUGCAGAGGAAAACAUCAGACGAGAACGCCAGUGACUACAGGAGAAGCUGAAGCUCUGCAACUUCAUGUUCAUGACAUAACCCCAAAGCCAACCAUCACAAAACAUCAGUGGUUUGAGUUGUUCUACACUGAGGAACAAGUCCAGCUUAAUUGUAAUAUGUCAGGAGUUGGCUGGGAAUACCAGUGGUAUAAAGGCUCAACUCCUCUUAUCAAAAAUGCAGAAUUGACCAUCAGCUCAGUAUCUCACACUCACACUGGUGACUAUCACUGCAAAGCACAGAGAGGAGGCUUCUCAGUGAACAGUGAGACUCUACAUGUGCGAGUUGAAGCUCGUCCAGCUGUAUCCCUGAGUCUGGAGACUGAACUGGGCGACAUUAUGACUGGUGACAUGACUCUGAGGUGUAACGUCUCAGACGGCAGACAGUGGAACUACACCUGGUUCAUGAACGGACAGCAGCUCAACGAAACCUCAGAUGUACUCAAGAGGAAAGGAAAUGAGGAAACAAUCAAAAGUGAAUUCAAGUGCAAGGGAAUAAACACAGAGAGACCUCUGUACUCCGCUCUGAGUGACGGCUUCAUAGCCAAUAAUAUCAUAUUCAAAAGGAAGAUACUGCUGGCCAUCUCAUUAUGUCUCGUCUGCUGUAUUGUAAUCCUGAUCAUUGGAUGCAUCGUUCUAAAAAUCACCCGUAAACCAGAGGUCAAAGAGACAGCACAAGAAGACUUGUUUUUCUCGAUGACAGACUCCAAGAUCCAAACUGCUUCACCCAUGAAGGAGUACAUGGACAGCAGUCCAACAGAGCUGGAGGAAUGUCAGGAAAAAGAAGAACUGAUCACUGAUCGUAAUUCAGCCGUUCAAGAGGAUGGUGUGAUUAAAGAUGAAGAAACGCCGGCAUCAGAAGGCAAUGGCCUGAUAUCAUUUAAAGGUAAAUUAUGUAAAUGAUUUAUUAUAGUAUCAUUGAGAAACUAUCAUAGUCAUUUUCAUUCUUAUAUUUUUUGUUUUCAUUUU